AUGCACGAGGAAGGUCUAAUCGAUCCAUAUUUCAGUCUUACAUUAGCUCAUACGCCUCAGAAUGCCUCCGUUACUUUGGCGGUCGAAACCACCGAUAAUAUUCCGCUAUAG